AGUGUGUCUCUGCAGGAGUAACAAGCACUCUCCCCAGCGGGGUGGCGGUGGCAGGGCUCCCAGCCCGCACAUAGGCACACCUGUAGGGGAGCGAGAGGAGACGCAGAGGGGACUAAAGACACAGGCCCACAGGCUCUGCCCUUCUUCAGGGGAAGACCCAGGUCCCUCCCUGCCUCAGCAAGGCCACCAUGAACCAGGGAACUUCUUUUAGGCACCUGCUCCUGCUGCUGCAACUGGCACUGCUCCUAGGAGCCACUCAGGGGAGAGAAGUGGUGCUGGGUAAGGCAGGAGGCCAGGUGGAGCUGCCCUGCAAAGCUUCCGAGAAGAAGGACAUGCCAUUCACCUGGAAAGAUUCUAGAGGAAACACGAUUGUGAAGACUUACGGCCAAGUCAAGAAUUCAGUUUUGGUUACAGGUUCCUCCAAGCUAAAAGAUCGUGUCCAUUCACCAAAAUCCCUGUGGAAUCAAGGAUCCUUUCCUCUGAUCAUCAGUAAUCUUGAGAUAACAGACUCAGGGAUUUAUAGUUGUACAGUAGAACAACAAACAGAAGUGGAACUUGUGGUGUUCAAAUUGAAUGCCAAUUUGGAUAUCAAAAAUCGCAUCCACCUGCUGCAGGGACAGAGCCUGACCCUGACCUUGGAGAGCCCCCCUGGUAGAAACCCUUCAGUAGAAUGGAAAGGUCCCGGGAAUAAAGAGCUGAAGAGGGGCAAGAGCCUCUCACUGUCCCAGGUGGAGUCGCAGGACCGUGGCACCUGGACAUGCACCGUCUCCCAGGACACAAAGAAACUGGUGUUCGAGAUAAACAUCUUGGUGCUGGCUUUCCGGGACGUCUCUGACACAGUCUAUACGAAAGUGGGGGAGCCCGUGGAGUUCUCCUUCCCACUUACCUUUGAGGAUGAAAACCUGGUCGGGGAGCUGAGGUGGCAGGAGGAGGGGACCUCCUCCCCUCAGCCCUGGAUCACCUUCUCCUUGGAGAACAGAAAGGUGACUGUGAAGAAGGUUCGAAAAGACCGGAAGAUCCAGCUGAAGGAGACACUGCCGCUCACCUUCAGCCUGCCCCAGGCCUCGCUUCAGGACGUUGGUUCUGGACACCUGACCCUGAAUCUCAGCCAGGGGCAGCUGCAUCAGAAAGUGAACCUCGCGGUGAUGAGAAUGACUAAGUCCCAGAACCAAUUGACCUGUGAGGUGUUGGGGACCAACACCUCCGAGCUGAUGCUGAGCUUGAAGCUGGACAACCAGAUUGCAAAGGUCUCAGGUCAACAAAAGCUGGUGCAGGUGAAGGACCCUGAGGCGGGGAUGUGGCAUUGUCUACUGACUAACAACAACGAAGUCCUGCUGGAAUCCAAUGUCGAGGUUUUGCACUCAGAGUUAACCCAGGCCUCGCCAAAGCUCCUGGCCAUUGUGCUGGGGGCAGUAGGUGGCUUUCUGAUUUUCAUUGGGUUCUGCAUCUUCUGCUGUGUCAAAUGCUGGCACCGAAGGCGCCAGGCAGUGCGGAUGUCUCAGAUCAAGAGACUCCUCAGUGAGAAGAAGACCUGCCAAUGCCCCCACCGGUUCCAGAAGACAUGCAAUCUCAUUUGAGGCACUGGGCCAGGGGGAGCUUCCCACUUGCAGCCUCCCCAGCUGUCUACCCUGCGUUUCCUGUUGGGCUCCUGGGCCUGGGGACCGGAUGAAUGUAGCAGAUCCCAGCGCCUUUGCCAUCUCCUGCUCUCCUUGUCCACAGCUGGCCAUUGGGUCUCCUCCUCCAGAGGCUUACUCGCACCGCUGCCCGCCC